AUUUUGUACAAUUAUGUGUAUCAAAAUAUAAAAGGUUGACGAAGGAAGAGACACAUGUUGCCGACUAUGUGUUUGACGAGUCAAAAGAUCCUAGUGAGAUGCUUUGUGCAUAUGGUGGCUAUAGUGUGACACGGGAACAAUUUCAAUGCUUAGUAGGGGAGAGCUUCAUUGAUAUUCCGGUGAUAUCCAUGUUUUGCCGAUACAUGAAUGCAAAAGAAGAGAAUCCUUCUCGCAGACACUUUUUUAAUCCAUACUUUGGGGAAAUAUGUGGUUCAAUGAGCAAGUCUACCUCAAAAUCAACACUCAAGAAAAGAUUAGGUAGCUACUGUGUUAAUCUUGAAUGUUGCAACCAGUUUUAUAUCCCCUUAUUCCAAUUUAAUGAAUGGGUCAUCAUGGUAAUCAAUUUGGAGGCUAAAAGGGUGGAUCUACUUUCAUCAUAUAAUAGCAUUCAACGUGUUCACUUUGUUAAUGAAGCUUUCAAAGUAGUUGGAUUUAUGUCGCAGUUAUUAAGAAAUUUCUUCAAACGGAAUGAUGUGAAUAUAAAUAAUUUACAUCCACAGUAUGCAUAUAUCGUUGGCGAUCCAAAAUUAUGUCAUACUGGGAUGUAUGCUAUUCUCUAUAUGCAACAUUGGGAUGGAAGUGGUCUUAAUAGAACCAUUAAUUCUGAGGUGACUGAUAAGCUGAUUGAAGAGGAUGAAUUUGAUGCAGAUCAAAAGGAUGCAUUUUAGGUGAUCUGUAAUUGAUGAUAUGCAUGUAACUGAUUACUCUUGCAUGUAAUUAACCAUACCAUGAACUUAAAUUGUUUUGGUUGCUCAUAAUUUUGUCAAAGACAAUGUCCGAGAGACAAAAAAAGCCAA